AUAUAGUCCUAUUCAACAGUUAGUGUAAAUGAAAAAGAACGAAAUAUAAUAAAGUUCUUUUUUCAAUAUUGUAAAGAAGAAAUUAAUUUUAUCACAAUUCACAAAUGGAUCAAACUAAUUUAGAUGAAGUUCGUGAGGAAACUGAAUGGGAACAAUGUUCACGUAAUCCAGAUGUUGCAAGAUUUGUGAAAACAAGAAAUUUAGUUGAAAGAAAUCGACUUCAAUCUUUAAGAUCUCAAUUGGACAAACAAUUAGAAUGGGAAUUAAAACGACUUUCUUUAGAACGACGUGAAUUUGCUGAUGUUUUAGAAAAUUUACGUAAACGUCAUGAAAAAGUUGAUCGGAGGAAUGUUCGAACAUUAAAAAAUAAUCUUAAUUCAAAUUUUUAUAUCUGUGAAAGAAAUAGAAAACAUGAUAGAUAUUUGAACUCUAUGAAUAUGAACGAUAUUUUACCUAAAGGAUUAUUUAAUUGUACUACUACAAGUAAUAUAAGUAGUACAAAUUCAUCUUCUUUAACUAUUCCAAAAGUAAUUUCUUCGCCGGAUAUAACUAAACUGCUUAACACUCGCAGUAAUAAUAACAACAAUAGCAAACAUUUAAAUCCUAUACCCACAAUACAUACAGAAACAUCAAAUUCAACUGAGAAAGUUUCAAAACCAAAUAUUUAUCACUUAUUUUAUACAGAUUCCGGUGAAUGGAUACAUUUAAACAAGCUGAAUUUGAAUAUAUCAGCUCCAUCGAGUGCUUCAAAAUCAUCCGCUUCACCAAAAGGUAUGAAAUGUACAAAAUCUUGGUCUGAAAAUGAAUAGAUUAAAAUGAGAUAUAUGAAUGUUUUGAUGUGUAUACAUGUUUCGAAUUUAAUGAUAACUUCAUUAUACGAGUUAUAUAUAUAACUGACUAUCUGAACAUCAAGAAUUGCAUAAAUUUAUAUCUAAAUAUACUUUUUGUUUUAGCAAGUUGGUAUAUGUAAUUACAUAAACCCUGAUUUAUUUUCAUUUCUAUAGAAUUAAAACAAGUGGAUAAU